AUGGAUCAACGACUACCUCCCGAUUGGAAGGCAGAAUAUGACUCGAAUUCAGGACAGUACUAUUACGUUGAUACUCGCACAGGUCAGUCACAGUGGCAGCCUCCAGGAGAUGUGACACCAAGCACGCAUAUACCCUCGCCAUAUCCAGAACCAUCACAACACAGUUCAGGCAUGCCCAACGCCUCUCCACGGGGACCAGGCAUGCCAACCGCCUCUCCACAAGGUCCAGGCAUGCCCAACGCCUUCCCAUUCGGGCCAAGCAUGCCCACUGCUUCUGCUCACCCAUCAUCGGAUGGGUAUUCCGCCUCUUCGGUCCCUUCUUCUUAUGCAAGCCCUCCCCCUUAUACAUCCACACCAUCUUAUGACGUCCCUACCGCAUCACCAUAUGGUGCCUCCCCCUAUCCACCGGAUCCGUCCACAUACAAUCCUACUACUUACCCUGCUGAGAAACAUUCGGGAGGUGGAGAGGCGUCAGCCUACUUUGGGUCGGCCCAAUCACAAAACCCACCAACAUCAUACCCACAAGGAGCUUAUGAUUCUCAGGGUACGGAAGAUCCUAAUGACCCCAGGGCAUUUAAGCUUGGUGGUAUGAAUACAACGACUGUUGCAGCUGGCGUAAUUGGUGGUGCUGCGUUGGCUUAUGCACUAGGACACCAUAAGAAGCAUAAGAAGCAUAAAAAGAAAAAGUGGGGGAAAGGAUGGAAAUGGAAAUAG